AUGGCGAACCUCACCGUAACCAAAUACACCACAAUCGAGCUGAAGGAAGCAAGCGAAUCGUCAAUGCCAGCGGGGAUAGGCGUAUUUCUUUCAACCUUUAACAUUUUGCUGUCCAUCGCUGCAUCACUGGAUAAUGCUCUGAUCCUUGUUGCUCUUCGUAAAGAGACUUCCCUUCAUCCUCCAACAAAACUUUUGUUCCGAUGUCUGGCGAUCACUGAUCUUUGUGUUGGAGUUAUUUCUCAACCACCUCACGUCGUUACCCUUUUGUCUUCUGUAACAACUGGAAUGAACAAGCAAGUUAUUCACUAUCUCCAAAGGCUAUCUACCACUUCAAGCUGUGUUUUGAGUCAAAUAUCGACCUACACAUCCAGCGCAAUAAGCGUGGACAGACUCCUAGCUCUGUUAUCUGGACUGACAAACAGACAAGUUGUAACAUUACCACGAGUUCGUGCAGUUAUCGCUUGCUUUUGGUUGAUUGGUAUUUCAGUUGGAACGAUAUCGUUUUGGAAUGCUUAUAUUGCUAUUACCGCAGGCUUUUCCCUUACAAUAAUUUCUGUAACAACCUCUGUCUUCUGCUACUCAACUAUCUAUGUCAAGCUUCGACAAUAUCGGCCGCAAGUGUUCCCAUUAACACAAGGAAAACCUAACGGAAGAAAACUUCCACUCAAUAUUGCACGAUACAAAAACUCAGUUUCUAGCGCAAUAUGGGUGCAGGUGAAUUUAGUUACUUGUUACAUUCCUUUUUCCGUUGUGAUAAUGCUUAUGAUGUAUGGCCAAAUACCUAGAAGCCAAAAUGAAAUUGCUGUGGCCUUUACAGCUACUUUAAUCUACCUAAAUUCGUCUCUAAACCCGAUUCUUUACUGCUGGAAGAUCAGAAGUGUACGGCAAGCAGGCAAGGACACGAUCAAACAAUUGAACUGCCGUAAAUCAGACCAGAUCUUGAGGUGUAGUUAA